GCCAUAAAGGCAGCAUGAUCCUCCUAUUUUACUCCUUCAAAUGCUAUUACUCUUCACUAUUCUCAACAGCCUUGCCUUCAAUAGGGAUAUAUCCUUCAAAUACCCUCCUCCUCCUCCUCUUCACUUAGAUCAAUAGGCAUGAACCUCAAGACAAGCAAGAAGAUGAGAGGGCUUAUGUGCCACUCUCCGGCAGCAACUGCAGUCUGCAUUCCGGGUGAUCCACGUUCGGUGAUCGUGCCAAGAAGGCCAGACAGAACACUGGUUGAUCACUCAAGACUAAUCAACAAUGCCAAGUACUCCAGACUGGUUGAAUCUCAUCGCUUCACUCCUGCUGCUAAGAGAUCUGUUCUUGUGCCAGCCAUGAAAAGGGGCCAUCGUCCCAGUGCAGAACCAAUGCCCUUCCAUCCACCUUCUUCAACACCAUCAUUGGAUCAUGUCUUCCAGGUGGUUGUGAUGAGAGUUUCUCUUCAUUGCCAAGGUUGUGCUGGUAAAGUGAAGAAACACUUAUCUAAAAUGGAAGGAGUGACAUCAUUCAGCAUAGACCUAGAGACCAAAAGGGUGACAGUGAUGGGACACGUCUCACCAUCAGGAGUGCUUGAGAGUAUAUCAAAGGUGAAGAAAGCAGAGUUAUGGAGCUGCUGAAUCGACUUAAGUAAAAUGGUAGGAGAGGUCACAUGGUGCCAAUCAGAAGCAAAAUGAAGAUGCUUUGUAUUUAUAUUCUCUUUAGGCAACUUGUUUGGUUGUGUAGAAAAUUAGGAGUGGGUGGAAAUGUGAUCAUGUGCUUUGGAGCAGUAUUGAUGGUGAUGUGUGAGAGGGUUGACAGCAACAUCCCCCAUCUUUCUAUCUCUAUUUCCAUGGUUAAGGGCACUGUGAUGUUAUAAAUGCUUUCAAUUGGAUCUACUUUUCAAGGAGGGUAAUCAAUGUUUUUUUCUUUUC